AGGGGGGAAUGCACAGCUCCUUCUAGCUGACAUUCCCUCUGCUUCUGGCUCAGUGGCUUCACAGUCUAUGGACGAGGAGGAGGACACUAGGGAGGAGGAGGAGGACACUAGGGAGGAGGAGGAGGAGUCUAGGGACGAGGAGGCUUCGACGGAGAUGGCUCCGAAGAAGUUGCGGAUUCGUGGGGAAGCGCAGGUUCCCGAUGAGAGUAAGGAACCUGCUACGGAGGAUGAGAAGUGGCUCCUUGUCCCAGGAAAGAUAGAGAAUUUCACAUACACGGGGAAGAAUGUCCGCGUGCCAGGGAGUCUGAUUGGAGCUGCUAUUAGGAAGUACUGGCCGGGGAUGUACACUCCGGUCCUUGGGGGCGAGUCCAAGCUAGCCUACACUUGGGAAGACUUUGAGAUAGCGCCUUACCCUGGCUUUACUUCCGCCGCCGACGCCGUGAUCAAGAAGUUUUGGGUACGUAAUGCAUACUCUUUGGGUUUCGUUCAUAUGUAGUUGAUAACCCCACCGUGAUAACUCAUGCCUCUCACACUUUCUGUUAUGCUUGAUUGCAGCGCAAUUAUAGGGUGGCGACUGAGCAUAAG